AUGAGGGACCCCAAAUACGCCAAGUACACCAACAAGGACCUCUGGGUGCCGCUCGGCUUCAUGCUCCUCGGGAUUGUCGCCGUGCUGGUCGGAUUUUCCGUGAUGCUAGCAGGGGGCAUACAGCUGAGGAACCGAGUGCACAAGGUGACGGAUUUUAUCACACAGACAGCUGACUUCACGGCCAACACUGUCUAUAACAUGACCCGCAUCGUUGAGACGAGCUCCUCGAUCCAAAUCACCAACACUGUCAUCCCAGCUGACAAGAAGGUGGACAUUCAGAACAAGGCAAGGGUGGCCAAUGAGACAGCCACGGAGCUGCAGGCAAAGACGGCGGAUGGCAUCGUCAUUAUCAACGACGCACUGCGAGUAGUCACGAUCACCUUCUCAAUCAUCGGAUGCAUCAUCACUGUUCUCUGCAUAUUCGCCCUCCUGUUCUGUCUUCUCAAAUGGGUUGUUGCUUCCAACGUCAUCAUCACUAUAAUAUGGGUGGUGGUUUUCUUCACAUGGUGCACCACUGCUGGUUUAAUCAUUGCAUAUCUGGUGAACGGCGAUACAAGCGUCGCAUUACAAGAGGUGGAGCAGUCCCCCACUAUCAGCAGCGCCAUGGACAAAUACCUCCACUGCAUUCCCAGCGACAAGCUCAUGAACGCCACACGCUACGCGCGCUACACCGCCGCCACCGUGCUCACCACGGCCAACACCUCUGUUGCCACCAACGCACCCUCGAUCUUUGAAUUUCUCCAUGCCCCGGGCGGCAUCUGUGUGCCGUACGGCCCGCCGCCCGAUUACACGCGCGACAUGAGCUACUGCGGUGAAGGCACCAUCACCUUCCAGCAGCUCGUGAAUGGGCUGGCAACAACGGCCAACAGCAGCACGGUGGUGCCAGAGGCCGUGAAGAACGAUCUCACAGCCACCGCCACAACGCUCUCACUCCUCGAAUCCACCAUCCCCAACGUGCUCGUGCUCGUCAACUGCUCCUAUGUUGCUGAAAUCGCCCAGUUUGCAUUGGACGAGGCGCAGGCGAUGGUAACGGAUUUCCAGAUGCUCUGGAUUGGCUUCCUGGUCAUCACUAUCGCCUGCAUGAUGCAGGCCCUCUCCAUGCCUAUCUAUGUCUUCCGAGCCGUCAGGAUCGGAAACAGGCUCGGCGACGACGAAGCUGAGGGGUAA